AUGGCGCAAGGUCAGGGCCAAUCAAAUAGGCAAGUAGGUGUUACGUACAAUACGUUUGACCUUGUUACUUUAAGAGCAAGUCGUAUAUCAUCAGCAGCAGGAAGCCGUCGCGCAUCAGUAUCAGAUGAUACAGUCGUGGUGCAAGCCUCUGCAUCAUCAGGGGUUUCAUCUGGGGGCAGUUCUGGGGAUGAAGCUCCACCGCCUCCUCCGCCGCCGCCGCCACCUGUAGUUUUGGAAGAACCAGCGCUGAAGCCGUCUGAGUUGAGGAGCAGGCUUGGGGGGCGUCGCGACUCGACGUGCGCAGACGACGACCGACCGCGUUGCCCGAACCUCGUGAACAAGCAGCCGGCUUUGCCGUUCGUGCCUCCCGCGUUCCCUCACAACGCGCCCGAUAGACUUAUCAAACCCUCGGAGUAUUUGAAGACAAUCACGGCGCCCUGCAAGAGGGACGAAGGCGCGGCGGAGGCGCGCCCUCCCCCGCCGCCGCCCGCGCCUCAGCCUAUCCCGCCGCCACCCCCGCAGCCACCCUUAAACAAUCAACAACAACCCUUAGCGGUGAUCAGCAGCGCCGAACUUUCAGCUGUGAGGCUCAAGACAACAGUGACCAAGACGGUAUCGGCACCUCCGACUCGGUCGUUGAGCCUGCAAUGCUUGCCUAGCGCUGCGGAAAUAUACAAAAACGCAAAAACAGACCUGAUAGAAGAAUUGAAGAUGUCCAAGGAUAUAACGGGGAUUAAGAAGUUGAAGGUGGAACGAGCGAGACGCGAGAGCCUGCAAGACAAGGAGACGUUUACGGAGUUCACAAAACGAUUCACAGCGGAUAAUUUUGUUGAUCAGGGUAAUUCACAGAUCCCUGAGCGUGAUGCUGCUGGCAACGUUAUCCCGGUUUGGAAGCGGCAGAUGCUGGCUAGAAGAGCUGCGGAGAAGGCAAGGAGAGAUCUGGAGAGAGAGUUGGCGGGAGAAGCGGAGAGAAGGAGGGCUGCGGCCGUGCCUGCUUGGAAAAGGCAGCUACUGGCACGGAGAGAAGAGGCCGAGUGUAGAUUGAGACAAUCCUUAUACACUCCAAAAGUGGAAGACAACGGUAACGGAGAGUGGCGUCCUUACCCAGCCGGAGGUCGCGCCGUAUCCAUAGACAACAUCACGCUUUGUUAUGAUGCGCCUGCUGCGCAGCCCACCCGCGCGCCAUCUGAACUGAAACUCUCAACAGAACAUUGCAAUGGGCACACAAACGGUAAACCAGAACGCGAAGAAGAGUCAGCUAAAAUUAUCCCCUGGAGAGCGCAGCUCCGCAAAACGAACAGCAAACUUAAUUUACUCGAAUAG